AUCGUGAAUGCUGUAAGUCGACUACUCACGCCUGCUUGUUUACAAUUUUUUGCCCUGUUGACAUUAACGCGGCUCUUGGCAGUCGUAGCUAUAAAACGCCCCGAUCUUUUUAAAAAAAAUCACCGUUCGGUCAACAGUUUUAAUAAUUCCUCGCAUCGCAUCUCCUUCAGCUCGUCUUUUUUUUCUACUUUGAUUUCGCCCCUCUUCCCCUCUUUUAGCCGCCGAUGCUAACUAGCGAGCUAAAGUCUCCGGAAAGGGAACAAUGACGGCGACUUGCGCCGACGGCGGCGGAGGUUUAAGCUCGAAAGGACUGGAUAUCAGCCUGGCCGCUUUGCAAAGACACGACCCGUACAUUAAGACCAUCGUGGACGUGGCCAGCCAGGUGGCCCUGUACACGUACAAUAACCGAGCCAAUGAGUGGGAAAAGACUGAAGUGGAAGGCACUCUGUUCAUCUACACAAGGCAAGCUGCAUCGACAAACACAACUUCCUGUCUUUCGUUUGUCAGCACACAACAGACUUUUUUUUUUUUGGAGAACCUGACCGAGCCCAUCACCAAAGACCUGGACUUCCAACUCCAGGACCCCUUCUUGCUCUACCGCAACGCACGGCUGGUCAUCCACGGCAUUUGGUUCUACGACAAGGCCGACUGCCGGCGAAUAGCCCAGAGGAUAAAAACUCUGAUCCAGCAGGAGCAGGCGGUGGUGCAAGGUGGCUGGCUGCCCCCUGGUGGAGGUGAAGGUGUCGUGCAGGAUGAAGGGCGGGCGGUGGACAUCAUCCAGAUGCUGACCAAAGCUCACAGCCAGUACGACAAGGAGAAGGCGACAUGCGAGCCCAAAGAGAUUGGCGGCAGCGGCGUUCUUUUCGGGAAGCCCAACCUCAUCAAACCAAUCCCCGUCAAGCCCACCACUCAGGACGACGACGCGAGCGAGUCCAAACCGCUCUCCCUGGCCACGUUGUUUGGCUCUCAUCAUCAGCCCUCGCCCAAAGCGGAUUCCGCCUCUCCUUCCGCCGCGCCCGUAGCAAGAAAAGCCUCUCGCCCUCCCGUCGCCCGCACCUUGACCUACGAAACCUCGGCACCCAAGGCAAUCACCCCGACGGAAGACGUUUCGCCCCGUCAUCAGAACUGCCCGGCCAUCCUCAAGCUCAUGCAGGGGCAGAGGGCGGCGCCCGGCGGGGUCCUUCAGACGCUGUCCGAGUCCCCGGAGAACCGGCUGGUCGACAACGGCGUCCCGCUGGACCCCCACCACCACCACCACAUGUACCACCAUCAGAUGCACCAUCAGCACCAACUCGAUCCAAUCAAGAGGCUCUUCCAAAACGCCCCCGCUCCUUGUUGCGCUGCGCCGUGUUCGCACCAGCAAGCGUUUUUCGGGCACUCCAAGCAGCCACAUCCAGGUGCGCCUCCGCACAUCCCUGGCGUGCUUUCCCCGCACGAGCUGGUCCACAAGCUGCAGCUGGUCCAGCAGGAGCAAAGCCAGGCCCCGCAGGAAGCGCCACGCCUUGGCCCUGCGCUGGCCCCGCGCUUCCAGGUGCCCUCCAGUGUUGCCGUGGCGGCCCCGAAGGCGGCGCUCCAGUUUCAGGCGCCUUCACCGCAGAGGAUACCCGCCACUGUGGCCCCGACGUUGCUCCUCUCCCCCAGCGUCUUCUCUCAGAAGAAAAGUGGAGUUCUGUCGAAAAGCCAGCUCCAGGCAACCUUACUGCACUUGAUCCAGACGGACGGCUCCUUCCUGGACACCAUCUACGAGGCUUACGUCGGGAAUUUUUGCUAACCCCAUCAGCGGCGAGGACCUUUUUUGGGGACUGGAUGCGGCACUAAAACCUAAACCGGCAUCAUAAAAAGCUGUCACGACAAAUCCGAACACAAAUGGCUCUCUUUUCUGGGAAUAAAGCACACAUAAACGAUACAAUACAAUACAUGCUGAUUUAUAUAGCGCUUUCACAACAGCGGCAACAAAGCGCUGAACAAAACACGCUUAACAAAAAAAAUUCACAACGGGGAUGAAAUAUGAAACAAAGUUCUAGUUGACAAUCUCUGAAGAAGGAAUUAGGCUUAAAAGUUGAUGUAGCAUUUUAUUGUUUUGAACAUGACACAAAUUGUACAAUUGGCACAUAGCAAAAAACUAAAAAAACUAACGUUUGCUAGAAGUAUUUUACCUACACGUGGUUCAUAGUAUUAUGCCAUUCCAAGCUUUUUUCAUGUCUAAACGACAUAAAUCAAGCCGCACUACCUCGCAGAGAGCAAAGUUUUCUACGAACUGCAUUUCAAAUGGAAUGUUACACCACACAAAAUUCAAACUUUAGCUGUUCCAAUGGCACAGAAAUAAGCAAUAACAUGAUGGCAUUGCAAGAUGCACGCAUUUACCUGGUUCGUAAUGAAGAAAGAUUUAAAAUGGGGCGGGGGAUUGGGGGGGGCUAAUGUUUAUACUUGCAGUUAACCAGCAUGCAACGUUAAAAUGAAAGAGGCAUUUGAACGCAACGUAGCAAAAGUUGAAAUGUUCUUUUUGCAGUUGACAUGUGCCAAUGCAGGUAACAUCUGGCAGUCAAGUUUUUUUUAAACAUGCAGUUUGUCGAGUAUGUUGGGUUUCAGCGGGAGUAUCUUGGGGUUGUCUAUUAAAUGUUUUUCGAAGAG